UUUCCCUUAAAAUUGCAAAAUUUGGGCCGAAUCCAACGGAGACGAGGGCGAAAGGGUAAGGAGAUGGAGGGCAAGUGCUGCUCCACCAGCGAGGCCGCCAGGGAGCCUCCGUCGCCGCCGUCUUUACCUCCUCCAUCAAGAGCGGCAAGGGGAGUCGGCAUGGGGCGGCAGUACAGGGGCGUGAGGAUGCGGAAGUGGGGUAAGUGGGUGGCGGAGAUCCGGGAGCCCAACAAGCGGUCGCGCAUCUGGCUCGGUUCCUACUCCACCGCCCUCGCCGCCGCACGAGCCUACGAUACUGCCGUAUUCCUCCUCCGCGGCAGCUCCGCCCGCCUCAACUUCCCGGAACACGUUCUCGCCCUCGACGACUCCCGCCCCGACGGCGCCCCGCCCACCUCCGCCUUCAUCCGGAGGAAAGCCAUCGAGGUGGGUGCCAGGGUGGACGCCGCCGCUCUGCGACCUGUCCCGCUUCCACCCCACCCCCCGCCGCCGCCGCCACUUCCGCCGCCGCAAAGUCCGCCCCUGCGGCGGGUCAAGAACCCCGACCUCAACCUCGCUCCAAGUCCCGGUAGCUCCGACGUGGAUUGACAUCUGCUGUUAACCUCUUCUCAAGUGUUUAUCUUUAGUUCUAAAAAAACCUUCCUUUUCAAUUCUUAUAAACCUUCAAUCUCUGCGAGUUAACAAGCUUGAUCAAAAGUACGAUUUUUACAACACCUGAAAAAUCAAAGAAACAUAUAGAUGGUUUUUCCUUUGA